CGGUGGUUCCCGACGCCUCACUGCGCAUGCUCGAGUUACACCGCUCCUCGAUCCACGUCGAGUAGGAACACGCGGAUUGAGGCCGAAUGGGUGGGUGAGUGAGUGAGCGAAUUGCCGGGUUCAACGGAUUAUUUGAAGCACCCGAGGCCUUGAUCCCCAGGUAAUUUACAAGAUGUCUACAAGAACAGCCUCUGUCCACGCCAAGUGGAUUAUAGGAAAAGUGAUUGGAACAAAAAUGCAGAAGACAGCUAAAGUCAGAGUAACUAGGCUUGUCCUGAAUUCAUAUCUGUUAAAGUUUUAUAACAAGAGGAAGACCUAUUUUGCUCAUGAUGCUGAAGAACAGUGCACAGUGGGUGAUAUUGUGCUUCUGAAGGCUUUACCUGAACGAAGAACCAAACAUGUGAAACAUGAACUGGCUGAAAUUGUAUUCAAAGUUGGAAAUAUUAUCGAUCCUAUAACUAAAAAGCGUUGCUGUGGGAGCAGAAUGUUCGAAUCCCUCACGGACUUUGAUUCAGAUAUGGGAUCUCUGAAUGAUCAAUUCAAGAACUUAGAGGUCAAUGCCUCACAGAGUAAUUCUGAACAUAAAGCCUCGACAAAUUGAGCAGAAUAAAUAUUAGUUAAUCUGAACUGGUUAUUAUAAUGAAAAUUCAUGUUAUUAUUUUCAAUAAAUCAGACAAUGUAGUUUUAAGAUGUGAUAACUUUUUUUUUCUCCCAGCUUGUAUACAUUCUUUCAAUUGGAUAUUCUAAUACGAGAAUAAAAUAAAAUGCAUAUAAUUCUCAA